AGUGACCCUGAUAUUGCAAGGGUGAGAGUAGGGAGAAAAGGGGGAUCCCAGACCCCUGAGGAUUGAUUGGGGAGGGGGGGUCCCAGGAGUGAAAGCGGGGCAGCAGGUGGAAAUAGAGGUCCGAGGGAGGCGGCCAGGGACCCAAGGAGAAUGGGUGGGGGUGGGGCUUUAAGGGACCCAAACAUUGGAAGGCUGUGAGUAGGGAGGAUUGUCCAGGAUUCUGGCCCUGCAGGGUGAGAGUCUCAGACCUCCGAGGAUUAGGGAGAGGGGCGGCAGGGAGAAAGGGGUGGCAGCUUGAAAAGCACCCCAAUUUCUUGUCUCUUUCCCUUUGCAGCUCCUACGAAACUCUGCGUUGGACCAAAAGGGUGGGGCUGCCCCCCCCCUUCUUCACGUCCUGCGAGGAGGUCCCGAGAGGAUAAUCUCUGACUCUCAGCUGCCUCCCCACCAGCCAGGAUCUCCCAUGGAAUAGGCAGGCGUCCUUUGAUUCUGCUGCUGGAGGAGCCAGCCCCCCCCCUCAAAGGAUGUAACACGCCCUCCAUGCGGGGGGGCCAAGAGAGGGGGCUGCGGUGGUGGUGCGACACCCCCUCCCUCCCUCCUUCCUCUCUCUCUCUCUGCAGUCUUGGGGGGGGCUCGGGACGAUGAUGGCGGCUUCCUAGCCGGCGAAGAUGGAGAAGGCGGUGAGCAACCUGAGCUCCAUCGUGCCGGCCUCGCGGCUCACGCCGGCCUUCCCGCCCGCCGUCAAGGUGGGCCUGACGACGCUUUACACGGCUUUGUACGCCUUGCUUUUCUUCUCGGUUUACGCCCAGCUCUGGCUGGUGCUCUUGUACCGCCACAAAAAGUUCAGCUACCAGACCGUCUUCCUCUUCCUCUGCCUCUUCUGGGCCGCCCUCCGCACCACGCUUUUCUCCUUCUACUUCCGGAACACCCUCAAGGCCAACCACCUGCACCCCUUCUUCUUCUGGCUGCUGUACUGCUGCCCUGUCUGCCUCCAGUUCUUCACCCUGACCCUCAUGAAUCUCUAUUUUGCCCAGGUGGUUUUUAAAGCCAAAGCGAAAUAUCGUCCCGAGCUGAUCAAAGGCCUGUUGCUGGUGCGAGGGGCGUGCUUCGGGGCCAGCGUCCUCUUCCUGGCGGUGAACGUGGCGUGCGCCGUGCUGGUGCGGGCACGCCAGGCUGAGCCCUGGGCGGUGGUCCUCGCUCGAGUUCUCAUCAGCGACUCACUGUUCGUGCUGGGAGCCGUCUCGCUCGCCCUCUGCCUCUUCCUCGUGGCCCGUGGCUCUCCCUCAACGCGCAUCUACCUGGAAGCCAAGGGCACCACGCUGUGCCAGACGGCGGCCAUGGGGGGCACCAUUGUCCUGCUCUACGCCAGCCGCGCUUGCUAUAACUUGGCUGCCUUGGCCCUCUCGUCCCGCACCCGUCUCGACUCCUUCGAUUACGACUGGUACAACGUCUCGGACCAGGCCGACCUGAUAACCGAUCUCGGGGAUCAAGGUUACAUCGUCUUUGGCCUCAUCCUCUUUGUUUGGGAGUUACUGCCCACUACGCUGCUGGUGGGCUUUUUCCGGGUGCAUCGGCCGGCUCAGGAUAUGAGCGCCAGCCGCGUCUUCAACCGGCAGCUGGGUGUCUCCCGUUCUUAUUUCUUCGACUAUCCUGGGCAGCGCGAAAACGAAGGACUGACUAGCAGCCUGACCGGACGAGCCAACAGCGGGAGCUACUACGGCUCGAUCAACCGCAGCGGGGAGCACGACUGGUUCGGGGGCCACCCGCCCACCGCCCCCCUUCUGUUCUCGCAGGCGUCGGCCUCCGGCAGCCAUCAUCAUCACAGCCUCUACUCCACCCCGCAGAACUGAGACGCGGAGGGGAGGUUGGGACGGGAGGACGGCCUCCCCCCCCCCCUACACACACACUUAAUGCUGUUGAAAUUCUCCUCCGUGUGUAAAUUAGUGCCGGGUUUUUGGGGUGGGGGGAGAAGGGGAGACGACCGGCAUGCAAACAGGGUACUAGAUCCACACAAACCUCCUCCCCCCCUCUUUUACAUCCCACCCCCUUCCCUGAAUUUUAGCCCAAAAACCUCCGCUCCAUCUUUUAAUAUUGGAGCUGGUUGGUGAUUUUUUCCCCGUUUCCCCCCCCCCCCUUGAAAUAUCCCUUCAAUAUUUAACCCAUAGCAUAUCGAGAACACUAGCACUUUAAAUGACAUGGGGCGGGUUGGGGGGGGGGGGCGCUGCGCGUUUUAUCUUCGAUGUUGUUGAAAAACAGAUUCUGUGAAAAUGGGUAGAGGGGCACUUUCUCUCUCCCUCCCUCCCUCUCCCCUCCCUCUACCUCCUCCCCUCCCCUCCCCCCCCAAAAUGCCGGUAGCUGCCAUAUAAUUUGGAAUAAGCUUCUCUGUUCCUCUGCUAGACACUUUCGCCGUUAUUGGUGCUAUAUCAUCCCUUGCCUCUUCCAAUAAAUGCAUUUUGUG